UGGAUACCUUUGCUUCGAUCAUUCAUCCUUAUCCUAGCGUGACUUCACAAUAUGGUGUUAUUUCUACCCUAGACUUUCUUAGACUGCUUGUUCCCCAUCUGCACCCACGCCUAAUUAUGAACACCCGUCUGAUUAUGCAUUCCCUUCAACCCACUACAAUCUGUACAGUUUGUGCAAUUGAUGCAAUCAGUGCAGUCCGUGCAAUUCGAACUUCCUUCACAGCCCGUGCAGUCUGUGCAGUUGUGGCAGCGGACACAGGAGUCGCAGUUUGUGCAGUUUCUGCAGUUUGUGCAAUCUAUACAAUCCGUGCAGUUCUGGCAGUCUGUGCAGUUCUUGCAGUUUGUGUUGUUUCCGCCUGCAACGACGGUCGAUGAUGGGAUACAGCCCAUGGUGAAAGGAGAGUAUGUAGCCUGAAUAUAUAUGCUGUUGCUAGA